GGCGGCCACGGCGGGUUCCGCGGAGGCGGCCCCCCUCAGUUCCUGGGGUGCUGCCGCCGGCAUCGCCGGCCGGUGAGCGGCGUGCAGAAUGGGCAGGUGCUGCUACUACGUGGUGGGGACGCUCUCCCUGCUCCUGCUGGUGACCAGCGUCACCCUGCUGGUGGCCCGGGUCUUCCAGAAGGCCGUGGACCAGAAGAUAGAGAAGACUGUUGUGCUAAGGAAUGGUACUGAGACCUUUGACACCUGGAAAAAUCCCCCUCUGCCUGUGUAUAUGCAGUUCUAUUUCUUCAAUGUCACAAAUCCAGAGGAGAUCCUCAGAGGAGAGAUCCCCCGGUUAGAAGAAGUGGGACCAUAUACCUACAGGGAACUCAGAAACAAAGCAGAUAUUCAAUUUGGAGAUAAUGGAACAACAAUAACUGCUGUUAGCAACAAAGCCUAUAUUUUUGAACGAAACCAAUCUGUUGGAGAUCCCCAAAUUGACUUAAUUAGAACAAUAAAUAUUCCUGCAGUGACCGCCAUGGAAUGGUUCAAUAACCACUUUCUCCGGGAGCUCAUUGAGGCCCUGUUGAAGGCCUAUCAGCAGAAACUCUUCGUGACACACACCGUGCAUGAGCUACUGUGGGGCUACAAGGAUGAGAUCAUGUCUCUCAUCAAUAUCUUCAAACCUGAGAUCCCAGCCUAUUUUGGCCUAUUCUAUGGGAAAAACGGGACCAAUGAUGGAGAUUAUGUUUUUCUAACUGGAGAGGACAGUUACCUUAACUUUACAAAGAUUGUACAAUGGAAUGGAAAAACGUCACUUACCUGGUGGGCAACGAACAAAUGCAACAUGAUUAAUGGAACAGAUGGAGAUUCUUUCCACCCAUUAAUAACCAAAGACGAAAUCCUUUAUGUCUUCCCAUCUGAAUUUUGCAGGUCAGUGUAUUUAACUUUCAGUAAAUACGAGAGUGUGGAGGGACUGCCUGCCUUUCGGUACAAGGUGCCUGAAGAAGCUUUAGCCAAUAGCACUGAGAAUGCUGGCUUCUGUAUACCUGAUGGAAACUGCCUGGGCUCAGGAGUUUUGAAUAUCAGCAUCUGCAAGAAUGGUGCACCUAUUAUUAUGUCAUUCCCACACUUCUACCAAGCAGAAAAGAAGUUUGUUUCUGCCGUGGAAGGCAUGUAUCCAAAUAAGGAUGAUCAUGAGACAUUUGUGGACAUUAAUCCUUUGACAGGACUUAUCCUGAGAGCAGCCAAAAGGAUCCAGGUCAACGUGUAUGUCAAAAAAAUAGAAGAUUUUAUGGAAACGGGAAACAUUAGAACUGUGGUUUUUCCAGUGAUGUAUUUCAAUGAGAGUGUUCUCAUUGAUAAAGAGAAUGCAGGUCGACUGAAGUCUAUGGUCAACACCACGUUGAUUAUCACCAACAUACCCUAUAUCGUCAUGGCACUGGGAGUGUUCUUUGGCUUGGUCUUCACCUGGCUUGCUUGCAAAGGACAGGGGUCCAUGGAUGAGUCUCAGGGGACAGAAGAUGAAAGAGCACCCCUCAUGCGAACCUAACCUUGGCUUAACUUGGCAAAGGAACCACAUGAGCUAUUCUGCCCUAGACCAUGAUGUGGAGAAACCAUGCGUGUCCUCAUAGGCUUCUUGGCUGUUAUCAAAGGGAGGGAGAAGACCUGGUGCUGCAAGUGAUGAGCACGUCCUGGCCAGAGGCUCAAGGACAGACUGACAUGGUUGGCCAGUAGGCUUUAUAAAGUCCUGUGGUUCCUGACAAAUUGUUUUGUUUUCAUGUGUCUAGCAAGUAUUUAAUAAACUCUUGUAUAGUAAUUUUAUCGGGUGCUGGUAGCUCCAGAAGUUUGUGGCCACUGUUGUGGUUAUGAUGUCUCUGUACCACUUGUUAAUGUAACCUUAUUCAGUAUGCUUCCUCUCACCAAACUUUGUACCCCAAAUACAUACUUACCAUUUUACGUUGUAUUCUUCCAUUCAUUUCAUCCCCAAAAUAGAAGAAGUAAGAUUUCGGAACCCAGGGUAAAAUGGUAGCCUCUUUCAAAACAUCUCUCAAAUGUAUCUAAUUUCAUUUUUAUAAAAGGUACGUAUUGCACAUCAUACUAAUUUUGAGUUCUUAAUUCCUGCAGGAAAAUAAUUUGGUCUUUCAUACUGGGUAGGAGACAAGCAGGGAAGGGUUGGCUGGGGCAAGGUAGGCAGGGGAGUAGCACUGUGAGUUUGACAGUGAUAAGCACCUGAGGAAUUUUUUACUUGUACUUUUGUGAAUGGAUUGAAUGCAUAAAAAAUGUUGGUGAGGAGAAGUAAGGAUAUUUCAUAUAGAACCAAAUGCUAGUCAUGACAUUUUAUGAAUAGUUAACUUUAAGUUUUAGUGAAAAUGAUCUUGGUGUGGAAAGGGACAUCUGGGAGAAUGUAAUAGUAACAACUUUCCUCCUAAUCACCCUUUCCAGGUAUGAGACUGUAUUAAUUAUAAUGCUAUUGAAUGGUUACUUGUAAAAUUAUCUGUGAAUACAGAAAACCCACCCAUCUACAGCCUAAGUCACACAUAAAUUUCAGGGAGUUUGAUACACUAAAGUGACAUUUCUUUGGGGGUAGUCUUGCUGGUAAAUUUGAAAUUAGUUUUACAUGUCCUCUCUCCUCAGAUUCAAGUCCUCCCCAUGUUUUGUGGCUCACUGUCACUGAUUGGAGUGCGUACCCUACUUGUCCUGUGACAAUCAUUUUGCCAACAGAAUGACAAUGCUUUAAAAUAUUGCACAGAAAGUGCUUUAAGAAGGUUCUUGGGACCAGAAACAGGGCCACCUCUUCUCAAGAACUCUAGGCUUUCAGUGUAAUCUGAGUCAGAGGAUUGAGAACCAUCAAACAUUGAGGAAUUCAAUCAUAUUUAAGGGUUUUUUUAAAUUCUCCAAGUUCACUAUUCUUUAUUUUAUUGAAAAAUAGUUAUAACAAAAAUGUUCAAUGAUUUUCUUAACAGCUGAUUCAUUCUACAGGAUUUUUUAAAACUGAAUUUCAAUGUUAUCAAAUGGAAAAAAGUCAUGGAUUUCGCUAACAUACUUCUUAAAUCUGUGUGAUGGUAAUGAAUAGCUUUAGUUUCCUUACUUUAGUUUUCCUUGUCUCUAUAUUGAAGCAAUGUGAUGUUUCACUUAACUCUCAACUUCUCUGUAAGACAGAACCUACAGAAACCCCAAGUCACCAAAAGUGAAAUACUAAAUCGAAAUAUCUUGUCUUCAAUAAUGCCAAAUAUUUAGAUGUUUAGAUGUAUCAAUAAACUAGAUAAUUGGGGUAGCUUAUUUUUUAAUGUAUCCAUUUAUCCCCACUCCUAAAAUGGAUAAGCCAGUAUAUAUUCAUUGAUUCAUGCUAUUAUCAGGAUAUAAGCAUAUGUGAGGAGAAAAUUUUUUCAUAUUAUGAAUGAUAACAUUCAUUGAUGAGUUGCAAUUUUCAAAUGAAUCCCACACAGGCGGAGAAACCAAAAACAUUUCCAUAUUUGUGUCAUGACUCUUAAUAAUUACUUGGCUUAAAAUCACAUUUGGCGUUUUCCCUCUGAAAAGUCUGUGGCAAAUUCAUAAACUGCAAUCAAGAUUAUAGAUUAAGAAGAAUGAAUGGAUUUUAGGUUAAAAAUUAAGUAUUCCUUGUGUUCAUUCUCUUGGAGCGGUUAUCCUGAAAAGGCUCCCAGAGCCUGACCACCAGGUUAUCAUUGUCAGGGGAUGUGGGCACCCUAUGCUGUGAGCCUCAGCUUUGAGUUGGGGGAGUCAAGACAGAGAGAGGUCACCUCACUUCUCUCAGGAGACGUUGGGGCUUAAUCACAGGACAGGAAAUGAGCUUUAUCACAUUUAGCUCUCUGUUUUUCCCACUUGACUUUAUUUCCUCAUGUUCUAGAAAGAUCACUAAUGGUCAAGUGGAGCAAGUACUACAUGACUAACCCCUAUUGGGGUUUUUACAUAAGGGAGGCUAAUUUUUUAUUUAAAUUGUUUAAGAUAUGAGUUCUUUAAAAAGUGACUUGCAUACUCGCGAGGCAUGACUACUGGAAUUAACUGCUUGAGGCUGUCAAAAAGAAUACUGAGCAGAAUGCUCUUCAUGUAGCUUAUAUACUUGGUUUGUGUCAUGUGGUUCUGGAAAUGUUUUAUUUCUACGCUUAAUGCAAUGACAUGUUUUUAGUAAUAAAAUCUUUAUAUGAAAUCAUACUGGAACUU